GAUGGUUGCAAAACCGCUUGAUUUUAAUAAUGAAAAUGAGAAAUAUGAAGAAAGGAGUGUUAGUCGCAACUCUAAUAAUUCCAAUUCAAAGACUAUAUGUAAUGGAAAUUUUAAGCGUGAUCCUUUACCUGUUGAUUGUUUUAAAAAACAUAUUAUUGAAAUUCUUAAUCAUCUAGAGGACACAGUUAUUUUUAUUGGAGAGACUGCCAGCGGAAAGAGUACACAAAUUCCUCAGUUCUGUUGCGAUGCUGGACUUUCUGAAAAUGGUCUUAUCGGUGUUACACAACCCAGACGAGUUGCUGCUAAAACAUUAGCUGAAAGAGUUGCAACAGAAAUGGGAACUAAAGUUGGACAAUUGGUUGGUUAUAAAUUUCGUUUUGAAAACAAUUGUGGCAAUGAUACACGUAUUCUUUAUCAAACUGAAGGAAUUUUAUUACGUGAAGCUCAACAUGAUGCUAGACUUAAGCGUUAUUCAACAAUUAUUGUAGAUGAAGUACACGAAAGAACAAUUAAUAUGGAUGUUUUGCUUUAUAUUCUUAAACAAGCACAGACUAACAGAAAAGAAAAGGAUGAGGCCCCACUUCGUUUAAUUCUUAUGUCUGCGACUAUGAAUCUACAAAAAUUACAAAAAUAUUUCCACAAAGCCGAAGCUUAUUAUGUUCGUGGAAGACAGCAUGUUGUUAAGGUUUUUGUAUUUUGA